GAAAGCAAGAAAUAAGAGCAAGAAUAGUCACCAUAAAUCAAAGAGACUUCUUGCACCAAGAAAGCAAGAUCUUGUGACAUUUCUUGCGCAAGAUCUUGGGCAAGAAAGCCCUCGCAAGAAAGUCGACCAGGGUACUUACAUCCUCCUUCUCAGCGGAAAUGUUAUUCAUCGAAAGCCCCUUUAUUGGAAAAAUGUAAAUCUUACAAAAAUAAAUUCACUUGUAUGGUUUUGACUGUUUUUGUGUCUAUAAUUGCUUUUUACUGUUCUUGUCUAAUAACGAAUAUGCCAUAUUCGCUUUGCGCAACUUAGCUAUAAUAUUCAGGAAUUAUUUGUGCUGCUUUAUUUUAGUUUACUUCAGUUCAGUUUUCAAAAAAGCUCCGUAUCAAAAGUUGAUAUUUCUGAUAUGGACAAACCAUGGAUAACGACGCAUUACAAUCGCCCACUAUCAAAAAUUGUACCGUCUAUCCGUACUGUAAGUGAUAAUGUGACAUCGAGAGCAGCACAAAAACAGUUCCCACUAAUGACAACUGGAUUCGAACAGACUUCAGACGCUCGAUCGACUGAUGAAGAAGGUGAUAGCAACAGUAGUGAUGAACAAGGCAAGCUUUCUCCAAAAGAUGAAUAUCUCGAUCCACGAGCUGGUGAUGUAUUUCACGUUGAUAGUCUACCUGCUGAAGUUAUCGAAAGUGCAACAGUAUCAGUUGAUGAAUCCGUCCACCAAUGUGAAAACUGGACCGAUAAAUGUGAAAAUCUACGAUGCUCAUUUCGUCAUCCAAGUCCACCCCUCAUGUCAGUAAACGAACAACCUCCGCCUCAACAGAAAUCACAAUCCAUAGUAUCCAAUACGAUUACAUUCUUUUGGGAUAUUGAAAAUUGUCCCGUACCACGUGGCAAUCAAACAGCUUAUGAUAUUGUUCAACGAAUACGUCAACGUUUUGUUAUCGAACGAAAUUUAAAUGAAAAUGCGUUUAAUUGUUAG